AGGGCCCCGAAGGCUGGGAACGGAGCGGAACACAAGACAUGUCGGAGCGGGGCUGAGGUUUCUUCACAGCCUCGGGAGUGAGGUGGGCGGUGGCGGCAGCGGCAGCAGCAACCGUGGCGCUGCCCUUAGGCCCCGCCAACCGGGAAGCGGAACGGCCGCCGAAGUGGGCGGCGGCGGCGGCGGAAGAAGCGGCGACUGUGGCGGCGGAGGCGGCAAGAGGAGCGGGGGGCAGGCUGGGUCCCUCCCCGGGAAGAUGAGGCGGAGGCCCGGGGAGCUGAACGGGCUGAGCUGGGGCGCUUUCCCCUCAGCCGCCAGGACAAGAUGGCAGCGGCUGAAGAGGCGGCAGCAGCAGCAACAACAGAAGAAGAAGCCACAACAGCAGCAGCAGCCGCCGGCAGAGGCUGAGCCCGGCCUGGAAGGCGCCUCCCUGGAGUAGCUCUCGGGACAUGCCGAGGGCUGCGGCGAAGGCAGCGGGAACUGUAGAGCUGCCCGCUCUGUGAAGGUAUGGCCUCACAAGUCUUGGUUUAUCCACCAUAUGUUUAUCAAACUCAGUCAAGUGCCUUUUGUAGUGUGAAGAAACUCAAAGUGGAGCCAAGUAGUUGUGUGUACCAUGAAAGAACCUACCCACAGAUAUACGUGAAUGGUAAAAAUUUUGGAAUCGCCCAGCCUCCUAGCAGGGUUGGUACUUUCUUUCAGGCUACGAACUUAUUUAACAAACCUCAAAGAGACACUUUUUUGUUCCAGACCAGCGCUGUUGCUUUAAAAAAUAUUGCAGGUGCUACAAAGAUAUUAGCAGUGCAGGCACAGCAACCUCAAGUGGAAGCACCUUGGCCCGGGACACAGGAGAGUGGGUUGAACGUCUUGGACCGCCCCCAGCGAUGUGGACUGAAGCGUAAGAGUGAAGAGUUGGAGAAUCAGACUAGAGCAAUGCAGAUAGUUGAUGAACUGCCUAUAUUGCCUGCAAUGUUGCAAACCAACCUGGGAAAUCCAAUGACGGUUGUGACAACGGCUGCAUCUUCGAAACCAAAUGGUACCAGUGGUGAUGGAGAUUAUCAGUUAGUGCAUCAUGAGGUCUUAUGCUCUGUGAAAAAUACGUACGAGGUUCUUGACUUCCUUGGACGAGGGACUUUUGGACAAGUAGUGAAGUGCUGGAAAAGAGAGACAAAUGAAAUUGUGGCAAUUAAAAUUUUAAAGAAUCAUCCAUCUUACGCACGCCAAGGACAAAUAGAAGUGAGCAUACUGGCAAGACUAAGUACAGAGAAUGCUGAUGAGUUUAAUUUUGUGAGAGCUUAUGAGUGUUUUCAGCAUCGUAACCAUACCUGCUUAGUUUUUGAGAUGUUGGAACAGAAUUUAUAUGACUUUCUGAAACAAAACAAAUUUAGUCCUCUUCAGCUAAAAGUAAUACGGCCUAUACUGCAACAGGUGGCCACUGCACUGAAAAAACUAAAAAGUCUUGGAUUAAUACAUGCUGACCUCAAACCAGAAAACAUUAUGUUAGUGGAUCCUGUCAGACAGCCUUACAGAGUUAAGGUAAUCGACUUUGGAUCUGCUAGCCAUGUAUCAAAGACUGUCUGUUCAACAUACUUGCAGUCUCGAUACUACAGAGCACCAGAAAUCAUAUUGGGUUUGCCGUUUUGUGAAGCCAUAGACAUGUGGUCACUAGGCUGUGUGAUUGCUGAACUAUUCCUUGGGUGGCCAUUAUAUCCAGGAGCCCUCGAAUAUGACCAGAUUCGUUAUAUUUCGCAAACACAAGGCUUGCCUUCAGAGCAGUUGUUGAACAUUGGCACAAAGACAACUCGAUUUUUCUAUAAAGAAACAGAUUCCCCAUAUUCUGGUUGGCGAUUAAAGACACUGGAAGAACAUGAAGGAGAAACGGGGAUGAAGUCUAAAGAGGCCCGAAAGUACAUUUUUAACAGUUUGGAUGAUAUAGUGCAUGUGAACAUGAUGAUGGAUUUGGAAGGAAGUGACCUGUUGGCAGAGAAAGCAGACAGAAGAGAGUUUGUCAGCCUUUUGAAGAAAAUGCUGCUGAUAGAUGCUGACUUGAGAAUCACUCCAGUUGACACACUGAACCAUCCUUUUGUUACCAUGAAGCACCUCCUUGAUUUUCCUCAUAGCAACCAAGUGAAAUCCUGUUUUCAUAUCAUGGAUGUUUGCAAGUACAGAUCAAAUUCCUGUGAUACAAAUAAUCACAAUAAAAUAACGCAUUUGAGGCCAGUUGUCUCAGGCAGUGCACCAGGUCUGACGGGUAACUUUGCCAAGAUUGGUGCAAUACGAAGUCAGGCAUUAGCUGCAUCUGCUCAUUCGGUUAUGCACCAUGGAAUACCACUACAAGCAGGAACUGCUCAGUUUGGUUGCAGUGAUGGUUUUCAUCAAACAUUGAUUAUAUGUCCCCCUGCUAUCCAAGGCAUACCAGCUAAUCAUGGGAAGCCGAAUGGAUAUUCAGUAAGAGUAGAUAACGCAGUGCCAUUGGUAACACAAGCCCCAACCCUGCAGCCGUUGCAGAUAAGAGGAGUCCUUUCUCAGGCCUGGUCUAACAGAGCUCAGCAAAUAUUGCUUCCUACGUGGCAACAAGUGACCCCUGUGGCUCCUGCUCCUACCCUGGCAUCUGAUUCUGUGGCUGGCCCACAGAGACUUGGAGACUGGGGGAAGCUGAUCCCCCAUGGCAACCAUUACAAUUCAGUGAUGGCACAGUCCCUCUUAACGAAUCAAAUAACUUUAUCUGCCCCUCAGCCAAUUAGUGUGGGCAUUGCACAUGUGGUUUGGCCUCAGCCCACACCUACCAAAAGGAACAAAGUGUGCCAGAACAGGAGCAAUGUGCUGCCAAGUACCAAUAUCCCAAACUCAACAUUUAUGUCUCCAAAGAUAAUUAAUGUGAAGGCUUGUGAAAAAGAAAGUUGUUUUGAAACCCAGGACAAUCAUAAUUCUGAGGGGCAGGAAAAGAUCUCUUGCAAACCAUCUGUCAGGCAGGACCCUGAUUCAUCUGUUUCCAACAAACAACGGCAGGCUAUAAUCAUUGCGGAUUCACCAAGUCCAGCGGUCAGUGUGAUCACCAUUAGCAGUGACACAGAUGAAGAUGAUGUGGCACAAAGGCAUCUGGCUGCAGAAUGUAAAGGUAGCUUAGAUUGUGAAGCUUGCCAGAGUACGCUAAACAUUGACCGUGUGUGUUCACUAAGCAGUCCUGACAGCACCCUGAGUACUAGCUCCUCUGGGCAGUCUAGUCCUUCUCCUUGUAAAAGACCUAACAGUAUGUCAGACGAUGAACAAGAAAGUGGCUGUGAUACUGUGGAUGGCUCACCUAGUUCGGACUCUUCAGGCCAUGAUAGCCCAUUCUUAGAAAACAGUUUUGUGGAAAAUACCAGUGAAAAUCCAGAAACUGGAGCCUCAGCUAUCUUGGAAGCCAAACCAGCUGUCUGCACUGUGGUUGUGCCACAAAUGAGGAUAGAGAACAGGUUAAAUGUAGAUGAGCAAAUGACAAAUGCAGUUACCACCUGCCAACCACUGACAAAACGCCGAUCUGCUCGUGCAAAAACGAACCAUCUUUCUGGUUUGGGUAAUCGCCAGCGAAAAUUGAUAUCAGCAUUCCAUCAGCAGCACUCAAACCUCAGUCAGGUUCAGCACUUUGGAGCUGGGUCUCAGGAGUGGAAUGGAAACUGUGGUCAUUGGAGGCAGCAAGCAUACAUCCCAACUAAUGUUGCCAGUCAUGCAUUCUCCCUUCAACACGGAAGUCCCACUCAUAGCUCGGUCCAUGCACAUUUGGCUGGAAGUGCACAUCUUGGAGGACAGCCUGCUAUUCUACCUUAUCCAUCAUCUGCACCCCUGAGUACUGCUGCUCCUGUUGCCCACAUCUUAGCCUCACCAUGUACCUCAAGACCGAUUUUACAGCAUCCCACUUACAGUAUCUCUCAUCACAGUGGCAUUGUUCACCAGGUCCCAGUGGGCAUAAAUCCCCGAUUGCUGCCUUCCCCAACCAUUCAUCAGACUCAGUACAAACCAGUUUUCCCUCCACAUUCUUACAUUGCAUCACCUGCUUACACAGGAUUUCCAUUGAGUCCAACAAAACUCAGCCAAUAUCCAUUUAUGUGAGACUUGAGUUACAGUAUCCUGAUGAAACUCGGUGAUACAUACAUCUGAUUUGAGAGGAGAACAUGGUAUUUAAUAAAUAUUAGCCAUGGCACAACAAGAAAAUUAUUUUUUUUAAUCAUGUUAGACUUGGGUGCAAUUUAAACAACCUUGAGCUUUAACUCACUUUUAAUGUGUUUUUUGCACAUUUGGUAUAAAUUUGUCUUUAGUCAUGUUAUCUUAUAGAGUAACUCCAGACAGGUGACUUAUGGGAGUAGAAAUCCAGUUUUGCUCCUACUAUUUUUUAUAAAAUUGCCUUCUAACUAGUGCGAGACACGUCUACAUUUGGGAAGCCAUUGAGUAUACAGAUUUAGAGCAACGGAUGCACAUGUGUCAUCAGUAUCAUAUAUGAGUAAUUUGUUUGUAUUGCGUGUCUUGCUGUUCAGUGUCGAGUCACUUAACUAAAAAGAUUGAGCUGUUCUUCACAUUGCAUGUGUCUUUUGCAUGGGCAAAACGAAAGUUGCCUAGAAACUUGCUCUUAAAUGUUGGUGUCCUAAUAAUCUCAGCUGCAUUGUAAACAGUUCCUACACAUAGUGCCUUAAAUAUUUGAGGUUGUUAAUGUUACUAUAUUAUAAAUGUUGAGGACUGCAGCACUUAACAUUCAGAUUUGCUGAUUAUUUGAUAGAGUUAUGCGAGCUCACUCUCCUUUUUUUCUUUUUUCUAGUUGUGUGGCAUAAUUUUAAUAUUGGGUGUGAUUUCUUUAUCUAGAGGGCAGCAUGUUUUUGCUAUAGCUGAAUUCUGCUGUCUGAUCUUUCCCCCUGGAAUAAUCAGCUUCAAGAAAAGCAUUUUGUAGUGCUUAGGAAAAGUUGAUUCAGUAGCUGUUGAAUAACAAACGGAUGUUUUAUACUUUUCAGUGGAACUGCAAUACACACUUAAUUAGUUUAUUUUCAAAGUGUUUAUGUCCAACUGGAUUUAAUAACCUGUUUAGAGGUGCAGUAGGCAUGACUUGGCUAGAUUAUGAAAGAAAAAAGCAAAAUGCUCAUUGCUUUAUGCUGUGGUUUCAUCUUAGCUUCAGCACACCAUGCAGUAUUUAAUAAAUAGUAGCGGAAUAUUUACUAUUGAAGCUUGAAAAGAUGUGAGUACUUUGUGUGCAAUUUUUCAUUUAUGCAUGGGAGAGAUUUUAGCCUUUUUACAUUAUAUAGUAUUUGUUCUAGCCUUUUGGGAAUUCUUAUUUAAUACAUUCCGUCAGGGACAACAAAUUACAUGCAUUUUUUCCCUUAGGAAGUCCAUCUUUUCUGUGUUUUUGUUUGUGUUCAAAUGAAAUUGCUUUUGCAGCACCAAAGACGUAAUCAUCCAUUUCCUAUCAAAGGUAGCUACUUAUUCAUAGACCUCAAGCAUAUUGUAGUGUUAGGGUGGAUUUAAAGGAAGGUAUUAAGUGAGGCUGUGAUCUAGCUUAUGAGGCAAGUAAUAAAUUGUAUCAUUUAUCUUGAAUGUAUCAUAGAUAAGCUGCUAUAUAAUGAUUGCCACUUCAGAUAGCUGUGAAAUUAGGUGAUUUAACUAGUUCUUAGCCUUCUAAUUUCUGUAUGAGUCUAAUUACAUGAAAUGGAUGUAGGGAGUUGAUUUUGUUAUGUUUGCUUUUCAUGUUUGGAGUGUUGUAACUACUAUAUUGUAAAUGAUGGAAUACAAUUGCAUAUGUUAUUUUGGGGUGUGUUAUUUGCAUCAGUAUUUUAUCUCCAUUAACUAUCAUUGCAUAUAAAGUUGAUGUAUCAAUGUAAUUUAAUUUUUAUGUGUUCAUAUUGACAUUGUGCAGACCCUUAAAACUACUUAACUUUUUUUAAAAAAAUGUUUCUGGAAUACAAUUCUUGCAGUAUAGACUGGAAUAGGAGUGCAAAGGGUUUCUGGCUAGCAUGGUCCUAUGUAUGCUUACUUAAAAGUAAACUCCACUGAGCUUAGUGGGACUUCCUUCUAGGAAAUUGCAUAGGAUUGUAGCCUCAGCCAGCUAACAGCUGAUAGUUUUCUUUGCUCCAUUAACACAAGCAGUGUUUUAUUUAAUGAAUGUCUAAGUGAAAUAAAUGUGCCUGUAUUUGAUUUAUUUUAAAGGACUUAAAUACAGCAGUAUUAGUUCAUAAUAACCAAAAUGAGCAGUACAUUUUAAAGGCUGAAUAUGGGAAUUAAGCCCUUUCCUGGACUCUUGGGUCACAAUUGGAGCCACAGCCCUUCAUGGCUAUUGGGGUACUUGGGGACGUAACUUUCUUCCUUCUGUAAGAAAACCCUGUCUUGUACAGGAAAUCACUUUUGAUUGUUUCAAAAGCUUAAAAAUCAGUUUUUGAUAUGAUGCUUGAGGGAUUCCUUUCACAUCAGAAUAAAAGACAAUACCAUUGGAGGCACACAAACCCUUGGGUCUACCAAAAGAAAAGCGGUUAGCCUUGCAACCUCAGUAGUUUUUCAUAAAAUCUUUUGUAUAAAUGUGUAUUUAUAUAUCUCUGAACAGCCUGGUAAAAACUGAAUUCCCCCCCCC